CGCACUCCCUGCACACAAGUUUGUUUUAAAAUGGCGGCGGAAGCUCGGAGACAGGUAUGAAAUAUUUACGAUACCGGAUAAACUCGUAAAAAAAAAAAAGAUGUGCCCGGUCGCACAGUUCGUUUAACGCCAGGGAAGAAUCUCCUCUCCCGUGUUGAUGCCGCGGGACGGAACAGAGGAAAUGUCCGUCGUGUUUCAACUUAAAGUUGGUGUGUGUUGAGGAAGAGCUGGAGAGGAAACGGGCGGCAGCGGCAAGUGCGUCCGGCGAGAGAGUCCGGUUUGUCCGCGGCGUUUGUGUUCACCGGCCCUUGAAUGCGAGUGGGGUUUGUGCGUCCGUCCGUUGAGCUGUCCGACACCGUGUGUGUUCACCGAACAGCGUUAGAGGAGGAGGAGGAGGAGGAGGAGAUGAUGGAGGAGCAGCAGCAGCAGCGGUAGUCACAGCAUCACCAUGGAGCGCACACCUGCCACCCACCUGUAGCAUCCCCCCCGGCCCCGGGCGGCAUGGCGAACACGACCGGCCAGGAGCUGAGGGACAGCCGCUGCGGUGUGUCUGGAGAAGCCGUAGUGGAGAACGGCUCUGUGGUCAAAGAUCUGACUGCCCCUGACCUCCAUGAUAACACCAACCAUCACUGUCAUGAAGCCAGCACAACCCCACACCGCAAACCCGUCCUGCCCAGUUACAAGCCAUCCUGCUCCUCUACCCCCACCUACUACAGCAGCCCACAGAAAAGCUACUCAGACCUGGACAGCCACAGCUUGACUUCCCAGGACUCAGGUAUACCCACUCUCGAGAUAAACCCUCCCGAGCCCAUCCUUCAUAGCCACCAACGCCCAGGCGACGCAGGCCUCAUCCUGGAUGCCAGUCAUGAUUCCCCUGCCACUUUACCUUUGAAUAAUGACAACACCAUCCGCAAAUCCUCCACCUUCCCUCGCAGCGGAUAUGACUCGAUCCGCCUCUUCAGCCCCACCCUCAGAAUAUCAGCCCCCACAGGUAUGGGUCUCGGGGGCGGAGCCUUAAAUCGUAGCGAUGACAUCUCUGUGUGCAGCGUGUCCAGCAUGAGCACCGAGCUGUCGGUCUCCAACGAAGACAUCUUGGAUUUCACCGUCACGUCUGACUCCAGCGCCAUUGUCACCUUGGAGACAGACGACAGUGGCACCGCUCACUUCUCAGAUGUCACGCUGUCGUCCUCUCCAGGGGACCCCAGAGACGUAUGGAGUCCAGGGCGACCCUACCCGGGGUCAGGUGUCAUGCAGCAGGAAGAAGUUGUCAGGCAAAAUAAACUUGGACCUCUAGCUAGCUUAUUCAACAGGAGCCUGUUUGCCAGGAGGGUAAAGGACAGUCGGCCAGUGGAGCAGCCGGAUCCAGGGUGGAAGCUUUUCGGGAAAGUCCCCCCACGGGAAGGCCCCAUCAAGGAUCCCAAGAAAAUCCAAAAGGAAUAUGAAACAAAGAGUGGCAGAGCUGGACCCGGCAACUCGACGUCUCCCAGGCGGAGUGUGAGGAAAAACCUGGACUUUGAGCCACUCUCCACCACCGCACUUAUACUGGAGGACAGACCUGCGAAUCUGCCUGCCAAGCCAGCUGAGGAGACACAGAAACACAGACAGCAGUAUGAGGAGAUGGUGGCCCAGGCUAAGAAGAGAGAGCUGAAGGAGGCUCAGAAGAGGAAGAAGCAGCUGGAGGAUCGGUGUAAGCUUGAGGAGAGCAUUGGCACAGCCGCCCAGGUCUGGAACCAGGAGAUACUGCCUAACUGGAGUACAAUGUGCACAUCUCGGCGAGUGAGAGACCUCUGGUGGCAAGGCAUCCCCCCCAGUGUCCGAGGCAAAGUGUGGAGCCUGGCUGUGGGCAACGAUCUCAACAUCACACACGAGCUGUAUAACAUCUGUCUGUCCCGGGCGAGAGAGAAGUGGAGGACCACGCCAGCACCUUCCGCAGAGACUGAAAUUAAUGAUGCUGGUUCUUCAGACAGGGAGUCGAGCCUGGAGCUGAUCAAGCUGGAUAUCUCGAGAACCUUCCCCCAACUGUGCAUCUUCCAGCAGGGCGGGCCCUAUCACGAUGUGUUGCACAGCAUUCUGGGAGCAUACACUUGUUACCGGCCAGACGUUGGCUACGUGCAGGGAAUGUCAUUCAUUGCAGCAGUGCUCAUCCUGAACCUGGACACAGCCGAUGCCUUUAUAGCUUUUGCCAACCUGCUCAACAAACCGUGUCAGAUGGCCUUCUUCAGAGUCGACCACAGCCUUAUGUUGACAUACUUUUCGGCAUUUGAAGUGUUCUUUGAAGAAAACCUACCAAAGCUCUUUGCACAUUUCAAGAAAAACAACUUGACCCCUGAUAUUUAUUUAAUCGACUGGAUCUUCACUCUGUACAGUAAGUCGCUGCCGUUGGACCUGGCAUGUCGGGUUUGGGACGUGUUCUGCAGAGACAGCGAGGAGUUCCUUUUCCGCACGGCGCUCGGCCUGCUGCGUCUCUACCAGGACGUCCUGACCUGCAUGGACUUCAUUCACAUGGCUCAGUUCCUCACCCGCCUGCCGGACUUCUUACCGGCUGAGCAGCUCUUCCAGCAAAUCGCUGCUGUGCACAUGACCAGCCGCAACAGGAAAUGGCCACAGGUCCUGCAGGCUUUACAGAAAGAUCAGGAGCGGGGCAGCCCAGUGUUGAAGCGCUGAGCCGCGAUCAGGAGGUCCCACUAACGGAAUCCAGUUCCCCUCCAGACUCUUACCAGGGACCUGAGAGAGACCUAUGAUCAUUUGGGACGUAUCUGGAGGGGGUCUGUCAGUGACGAGGCAGGCAUGUGAAAAGGAAUACGAGGCCUUAUUUAUCUCCACCCACCCCUCCUCUGCUCUGAGGCCCAGCAGUGGACUGUAAACUGUAGCUGGCAGACGCCGAAGAAUGUACCACACACUCCCACAUACAUGUACCCAGCAGACUGACUCACGUCCAGGGGAAACGACCAGUUAAUACGAAAAUCCUCCACUUAAUUCUGUUUCCGCCAACGGUUCCACUCAAGAGGAAUGUCCUGAGACAAAAUCUCCAGAGUCAGAUCUGUGAAUGUCAAUGUCACAAUGUGUGGAUCUCUUUGUAUUUUCAUUCCCCCCAUGUCCUGCGAGUUUGAUUUCAUCUUUGGGCUCAGUCUGCUUUUCAUUUACACGUUUUUGUCAUUGAACAUUUUAGUUCCUGAAUCAUUCCAUGAAAUCAUCUCAUGUUUUGUGGGAGUUAAAACCCUUGAAGUUUGGUGUCUCUGGAAGCACCAGAUUGUUACAAGUGAUGAAAUGUGCUCAGCCUCUGAAAGAGGUGAUAAGCUGCCUGUAAAAUGAGUUUUACAGUAAAUUUAUAAAAUACUGGAAAUGGAGUAAAUAAUAAUAGUAAUGUGUUACUGUGGGAGACACACAAAUCACAGCGUCAGACUUGGACUGGCCCUUCCCCCGAAUAUGUUUGAGGUACAUUUCAUCUGGUUAGUGUUUUGAUUCUUAUGUCUUGGUGUGAGUGUUAAUGUCUUGUGCGUUUAUUUAAUAUUUAUCUAACGGAUGACGGGACUUGUUCCAGUGACAUGAAAGGUUUUUGAGGAACCUCUCCCUCACACAAAUGUGUUUGGAGCUUAUAUAGAUCUGUGAUUUAACAACUAAAACACAUAAGAGGUUAUGACUUGAGCUGCAUCAUUCAUGAGCAGAUUUGUGCACUUUGAGGACUACAAUGUCCACUGGGGGCAUAUUUUGGCUGAAUUACCUCUGGGCAAAAAAGGAAUUCCUUACCACUUUUAAUUUUGUUUGUCAUUUAAAUAUCUAAUGUGAUAAUUCUCCAGGAAUUAUUUUUUUAAUGUGGAGGUUAUGGCAGUUCUAGCAGCAGUGACAUCUCUUUAAACUUCCUGUCCUCGUAUCCUAAUCUAUACUGCCCCCACUGGUCAUGCGCGUAAUUGCACGUUGUGGACAAGUAGCAUAUGAUGCACACAACACUUAAGAUUCAAAUUCUGGAUUCAGCAAGAAAAGCCAUCGGCUGCAUCUUUUUUACCACAUAUAUUUUUAUUUUGACAAAUUGGCACUAUAACAAAUAUGCCGAAGCUGUUAGCAUUUCCUGUUUGUAGUGUAUCCAUAGAUUUACAGACGGCUAUCACUGGAUCAGUUUGAUACUAAGGAAAAGUUAAAAAUGUGACAAUUCUCAUGCAAGUUCUGGACAUAUAAGAAGCAUAUUCCCCCAAUAUGACUUGAAAAAUCAGAGGAUAUGUUGAGGAUGUGUAAGUUAUAUUUAACGUAAAAAUAUGUGGGCAUGUUCAGAAGUGACUGAGACGAGAAAUGCGAUUUUUGGAAGCAAAUUGUAUUUUAAAGCACCUUAAUUUCCAUGUGUCGCGUUCACUGCUGCUGCGCCAUCUGUUGUUCGCAUUGAUGAACUACAGUUACUACACUGGCUAACACAUGUCGCUUUUACCUGUCCUCACACGUUAUCUUUUGACUCAUGUUGCUAAGAAAAGAAAAAUGACAAGAUAGAACAUGUUUGAUUGUUUGAUCUGCUGCCUUUUUUUGUCUCAGGAGAUAAUAAAUUGGAAUUGUGAGGCUUUUGGUAACGUUUUCCAAGAAAAUGGAAAUAACAAUUGGUUGCAGGAAAACAUCUUGGUAAAAAAGUAUACAGGAGCUAUCUGAGGGUGUCUGUUUUUCUCCAGCAUUUGUAUGAUUUACUGGUCAGUCUUAAAAAUCUGUGAUUACACCAGUCUCAUUACUUGUUUGCAUUCUGUGGUUAACAUUUUGCCCCAUCGUGACCAGUAGGGGGCGGGAAGAUUUGUCCAUGCAAUGUUUUUGACAAGUCAGCCUCCAUCUAGCAAGUGCUAAGACAGUACACGGCACUAUUAAAGGUUCAGUGUGUAAGAUUUAGGUGUGAGGGAUUUAUUGUAAAUAAUCUUUGUGAUGUUUCCACUAGUGUGUUUCACCUAAAUUGUACAAAUUGUUCUUUAUUCUAAAAUGAGCCUGUUUAUAUUUAAAUACUUUAUAUAUACAUGAGGAGCGGAUCCUCUCUCACCUUUUUGAGUUUUUAUGAUAACUGAAGGUUUACACAGGUUCUCUUUCAUUUUUGUGCGGGUGAGGUUAGGGGUAUUCAGCUGCAACAUGCAGCUUCACCACUAGAUGUCACUAAAUUCUACACACUGAACCUUUAAAUAAUCAGAUGUAUUUUUUAAAGUGGACAUUUGUCUUGCUGUUGAUUUCAUACAGGAUUUGUCAGUUACCUUUUUAUAACAUGUUUAUUUCUUUCAACGCCAGUUUUGCACAGACCUGUUUGUCAAAUUGAAAAAAGGCAGAUGAAGUGAAGGAAUCGGAUUGGUUGUUGAUGUCUCUGAAAAGUGCAGUUGUCAGGGUGAUGGUAUUUCUCAACGUAACUGUUAUCGUUAUUGCCUGUGAAGCUGCUUCGACUCUUGUGCUAUGCUACUGAACCUGUGUGAUGGCAUUCACUUCCGUUUUGUGCCCUGUAAUUCCAGUGACGUCCCCAUCAGGCCUCUCCACCUCCAGACUGCACUUUCAUACGUAAAUGCCUGGACCACUUAAAGCUUAAAUAUGAGAUGUGCUCUAGAUUUAACGAAACAGGAAGUUAUCACCAUCAUCUCAGCUUGUUUCGUGGCUAGCGACAGAUGGUCUGUUUGUGCUUCAUUGUGCUGCAGGGUUUCUGAUCGCUCUUCUCUUUGCACACAUCCCCCACCAAGUGUGGUGCCUCACCGCAGGACUGCAAUAAAGCUUUUGGCACAUAUACGUAGGCCUCUGAGUUGUGCCUCGCAUCACCAGUUCAUAUCAGCACUCGGUAGGUUUAAAUGGUUUGGCCAUUUUCCAUGAAGUGCCCCCCCAGCUCCACUAACACUACAAAAAACACAGUUUAAUCAAUCCACAGGCGUCAAAAAACAAAUUCAAUCAUAUUUAAAUUCAAUGAAGGAGUCUAAUAUACUGUUAUCGAUCUGUUGGAUUAUCUGGAUGUCUUUACUUUCCUGGGUUCUGUUUGAUUUGCAUUGUCUUUAUUUUUCUCAUUGAGACCUGUGUACUGCAGAGGAGUGAUGGAGACAAGGGAGCGUCACCAUGCAACUGUAUCUCACUUGAAAUGGUUUUAUUAAAAUAAAGAGCUGUACAUAACCAA